AUGACUUCACAAAAUCGCAACACGACCGAGGAGCUCGUCGAGAAGCUCAAGGAGACUGUCGGCCCCAACAGCGGCACCCGGGCCGCCGAGCCCCUCGUGACUGGCGAGCGGGCACCACAGCACACCGAAUCCUCGUCAUCGAAGCCAACUUGUGAAUCGCACGACCCCAGGGACGCAGCGCACGCGCCGCCGUCGGUCGUCGCGCAGCACCUCGGCCCGCCGACGAUUGAGCACGACUACCCCGAGGACAGCACGACGAGGAGGCACUCCAUCAGCCACCAAGAGAAGCACUACCUCCGGUGA